AUGUACGCUCUGGACGACCGGACGCACACGGCACCAGCUCCACCACCUCCUCUCUCGAUGGAUCGGAUCCCCCCUCCAUCGUCAUCAUAUCCCACUCCGGGCUCCGCCGGGCCCGUACCGCCCGCCGGCGCGAUGGCUUCAUCAAGUCAUCUAGCACCGCUUUCCACCGUUCAUGAUGGUCGCAUUUGGUCGCUGAUGGUGGGGCAGCAGCCUGUUCGCGCUCGGAUGUGUGGCUUUGGAGAUAAGGAUCGGCGACCCAUCACACCUCCUCCCUGCAUCCGCCUGGUUGUCAGAGAUGCGCAAACCGAAAAAGAGAUUGAUAUCAAUGAGAUCGAUACGUCCUUCUAUGUACUCAUGGUCGACCUGUGGAACGCUGAAGGUACCAGCGAAGUGAAUCUCGUCAAACACUCUGCCACCUCUCCGUCGAUAUCCACUGCCAUGUCCUCCUCAUACCCGCCGCCGCCGCACAGCGUCUCGCCCUCAUUUCCCCCCUACGCGCCGAACACCUACGGGCAGUCAGUUGGAUACCCUCAGAUAAACAGUUACUACGGCGGCAACCCGCAGCUGCCAUACCAAAACCCAUACCCGGCCAAUCCGCAGGCGCAUUACUACCAACCCUAUUACCCUGGCGGCCAUAUGCCACCUGCCAACAUCUCCCCCACGCAGCCUGUAGCCUCUGGGCCGGGCGGAAUGUUCACACGGAAUCUGAUUGGCAGUCUGAGCGCCAGCGCGUUUCGGCUGACCGACCCCGACAACAAGAUUGGCGUGUGGUUUAUCCUGCAGGAUUUGAGUGUGCGCACAGAGGGGAUUUUCCGUCUCAAGAUGAGUUUUGUCAACGUGGGCACCCAAUCCGGUGACUCGUCCAAUGGGGGGGUGUCCGUGAUCAAUCACGGGUCUGCGCCGGUGUUGGCCUCUGUCUUUUCCGAUCCGUUCCAAGUUUACUCCGCCAAGAAAUUCCCGGGCGUCAUCGAGAGCACGUCGAUCAGCAAAUGCUUUGCCUUGCAGGGGAUCAAGAUCCCCAUCCGGAAGGAUGGGGUCAAGGGACCCCGGGGGCGCCACAGCGAUGGGGAUGAUGGUGGGGAGGACUAUGACUGA